AACGGAGCGUAUCUCGACUGGUGAAUAGCCGAUAGGAACGAACACGAAAUAACAAGGAACGUAACUUAAUACACAUUUUAAUUGAAAACAAUAUAUUUAUGCUCAAUUGAUUUAUUCAACAGAAAGUGACAAGUGAAAAGAACAUUUUUUGAUAUCUACUAAUUUACCGAUAUAUUAUUUAAAUGAACAUCUUGUGCCAUAAAAGUACUUUUUUAUAAAGGUCAUGACAAAUAUGUUAGAAAUCAUGACACUUAUAAAUAUUGAAACUAUAAACAUCGAAACAAAACACAAAGUGAUUUAAGUUUAAAUUUGGAUUGAUCGGCACCAACGGUUGGUUAAGAUGGAAAUCUUGUUUAGAUUUCUAUCAAGAUUUAGCAGGAAAAAAACAACAAUUGAAAUUUUGGAGGAUCUUGAUGUGAAAAUUAAAGAGAUGGAAAGAUAUGGAUAUAGUAUAGAACAAAGACAUAAAAAAGUUAUUGGAAUUCUGAUAUUAUACAGUGCGAUACUUUAUAUUAUAACAGCAUUCAUUUUUUACUUCUAUUUCUCCCCUGCAUCGCUAUAUGAUCAAAUAUUUUAUAUCAUUCCACUGUUAAUUUUUCCAAUUUUAAUAUUGCUUACAAAAAAGAUGGUAACCUGGUAUUAUAAAUAUAAAAUUUCUAAAAAUCAAGAUAGAUUAAUCUAUAUGCAAUCUGAAAAAAAGAAAAUUCUGGAUGUAGUUGCAGAGAUUGAAACAUAUAAAAAAGCUAAAGAAAUUCUGUUAAAGUUUGCGCCUGAUCAACUAAAAAUGACUCCACCUGCAAUAGAAAUUCCUGAACAAUCUAGUACACCACAAUGUAUAAAAUUUGCUAGAUCUCCUUUUGGGGAACUGAGGAAGCGUGUAACAAUAAGUCAAAAUCAAGCAUUAAAUGCGCAAAGCUGCGUAUCUUCUAACACUGGCCCUGCCCCAGCUGGCAUAACUCCUGUUCGCAAUUUACCAAAUACUCCUCUUCAGAGUAGUGAUAAACUAGCCAAUACUCCAAAUCAGAAUCAUAAGUCUCCUUUAUUCUGUCCAUCAAUCUUACCACGUCCAAUAUUAUCGCCGCAAAGGACUAGUUUGGAUCGAAUAAUUGAUUAUCUCAUUGGGGAUGGUCCAUCUAAUCGAUAUGCAUUAAUUUGUCGAGGUUGUGAGUUGCACAAUGGAAUGGCUCUCAAAGAGGAAUUUGAAUAUUUUGGAUUUAGAUGUUGUUACUGCAAUUUUUUGAAUCCUGCAAGGAAACAGAAGCCAUCUGCUCCAAAACUAGAACACAAUAUUACACUUAGUAAUCCAUCUUUAAACAAUUCUGAACAUUUAUCAGCUAACACCAGUACAGAACUUUUGGAAGAUGAACAAACUGAAUCAAAGGAUACAUCUGAUUCAGAUUUAGAUAUGAAAGCAGUUGAAAGAUCUACAGAAACGUUGAAAGAGAUUGAAUCUGUUACUGAUACUAAAUCAGAAAAAAAUACAUGUGACAAAUCAACAAAUAUGCCAGAAUUAACUGAACUCGACAAAGCUGCAAGCUCAGAACCUACUAAGGUCGAAGCAGCUGCAGCAGGAUCUGGAACUGAUACAGAUUCAGAUGAUACUAUCCCGGAAUUGGACGAUGCAGGAGCUGGGGGUACUGUUGGUUUCCCAGGGACAACCGUCACUGGUCUUCCCAUUGAUAUGGUUUCUAAAGCAAAACAAAGUCGAGGAGAGAAAAAAGCCAGGAAGCUUAUGAGCAAAUUGGGAUUAAAGCCUGUGCAAGGAGUUAACAGAGUGACUAUUCGUAAAUCAAAAAAUAUUCUCUUUGUAAUCAAUAAGCCAGAUGUGUUAAAGAAUCCAGCUUCAGAUACUUACAUAGUGUUUGGCGAAGCCAAGAUCGAGGAUCUGAGCCAACAAGCUCAAGUAGCAGCAGCUGAGAAGUUUAAGGAACCACCAGUUAUUCCAGCAACUGAAGCUGGCGGUAGUACUACGGUUGUUGCACCAAUACAAGAAGAAUCAGAAGAAGAAGUAGACGAAACGGGUGUCGAAGAAAAAGACAUUGACCUAGUAAUGUGUCAAGCCAAUGUGUCUCGAGGGAAGGCUAUUAAAGCUCUUAAAAAUAAUCAGAAUGAUAUUGUCAAUGCUAUUAUGGAAUUGACAAUGUGAUGAAGCUACUUUGCAGUAGGGUAUGCUACGUCGUAGCUAUCAUUGUGACAUCAUCUUAUUUUAUCACUACGUCAUCAGGAAAGAACAUCAUCCUUUUUUUCUCUCAUUACACGUUGAAAGGAUUAAGCUCGAAUACUAAGAGGCAUGGAGACCGUGAUGUUUGUCUCAAAAGAAUUCACAUGUAUAUACAUAAUUCAUAUGAAAAAAAAAUAAAUACACUAAGGACA